AUGCCCCCAAUUGUAAUUGACGGCAAGAUGGCAAAUCAAAGGGAUUUACUUAAGGAUUUAAAGGACAUAGUUAAAGGAGAAUUUUCUAUCAAACACAUAAACUACACCUGCAUCAUGUUUGUAGAAAAUAAGGAAGAUCAUCAACGAGUAUUAUCCAAUAAUAAAUCCGAGAACAUGCCAUACCACACCUAUACCUCUAGGAAUGAAAAGUCACAUGCUUUUGUCCUUAAAGGCCUCACUGAAGGCACCAAAAUAGUUGAUAUCGAGGAGAAUCUCGAAGAAGAGCACGAGAUAAAGCCACGUGCGGUUUAUCAAAUUCGUACUAAGGAACGACCCCUAUUUCUUGUGGUUACAGACCCGGUAAUCACGUUAAGACUACCUUAA